GAAGGAUCCUAAAAACUGUACAGAAUUUCAAGAUGAGUGAUACUUCUGAAGUGAUUACAGAUUUUGAAGAGAUGUUUGCAAGCAGAUUCACACAAGAUGACAAAGAGUACCAGGAAUACUUGAAGCGUCCUCCUGAAUCUCCCCUAAUUGUUGAGGAAUGGAACAGCAGAGCUGGUGCCAACCAAAGAAAUCGAGGCAACUGGCUGCAAGAUAAUAGACAGUUUAGAGGUAGGGAUAACAGACAAGGAUGGCUGAGCGACAAUCGAUCAAAUCAGUGGCAUGGACGGUCAUGGGGAAACAAUUACCCACAGCAGAGACAAGAGCCUUACUAUCAACCACAAUAUGGACAAUAUGGUCACAACCAGCGGCCUCCAUACAGUUACUACUGA